CGGAGCGAGUCAGACAGAGGAGAGCUUAAGUUUGAUCAGUUAUGUACUGAUGAACACAACAAUGGACAUAAGGAGCUUCUUUCAAAGAAAAAAACUCAGCUGUAUAUUUGUUGAUGUUGGUGUUGAUGGUGGCUUGAUUGUCAGCACAAAGAGGGAGAGAGAGGAGAAUGAGGACAGAACAGAGAUGGAACAAGAGCAGCAACUGCUGACAAGUAUCCCCAGGUGUGAUCCUUCAUUGUGGCCAGGUGAUGAUGCUGAACUGUUAGCUGCAUCCCAGUCUGUGGAAGAUUCACUGAAGUCCCAACACUCCUUGUCUGCAAGUCAACCUCUAAAGCAACAGCUGACAAGCAGAGGUGCUUCCUCCUCCCAGACGUCUGGAACACAGGAGAACUCAGCUCCCCUGUCAGAGGAGUUUGAGACCACUGUACAGUCACAUCAAAAUAAAGCUACCGUGCAGCCCAAACAUCGUGAGUCCACAGAGGCUGCCGUACGGUCCAAAAAACUUGACACCAUUGGACUCACUGAGUCAUCUGCAUCCCAGGGUCAUGAUCAUAUAACACAAUUACCGUUGAGUCAUUCACCUGUGGAGCUAGAGGGAUGGGUGCGUCUCUGGGAAAAUCCUAAUGGUAUCCCAUCUGCUGACAUUUCCUGGCUUAAAGAGGACACUGAAAGAGGGCUGUUCACCCCUUUUCAGACAUACAAGGAUGUUACUUAUCAUUCUGUUAAAUCCAGAUUUGAAUUCAAAAUCCUGCUCCUCACUUACAAGGUCUUAAAUAAUCAGGCCCCAUCUUAUCUUAAUGACCUUGUAGUACCAUAUCACCCUAUUAGAGCACUUCGCUCUCGCUCUGCAGGCCUACUUGUUGUCCCUAGGGUAUUUAAAAGUAGAAUGGGAGGCAGAGCCUUCAGUUUUCAGGCCCCUCUUCUGUGGAACCAGCUUCCAGUUUGGAUUCGGGAGACAGACACUAUCUCUACUUUCAAGAUUAGGCUUAAAACUUUCCUUUUUGCUAAAGCAUAUAGUUAGGGCUGGACCAGGUGACCCUGAAUCCUCCCUUAGUUAUGCUGCAAUAGACGUAGGCUGCCGGGGAUUCCCAUGAUGCAUUGAGUUUUUCCUUUCCAGUCACCUUCUCACUCACUAUGUGUUAAUAGACCUCUCUGCAUCGAAUCAUAUCUGUUAUUAAUCUCUGUCUCUCUUCCACAGCAUGUCUUUAUCCUGUUUUCCUUCUCUCACCCCAACCGGUUGCAGCAGAUGGCCGCCCCUCCUUGAGCCUGGUUCUGCUGGAGGUUUCUUCCUGUUAAAAGGGAGUUUUUCCUUCCCACUGUGGCCAAAGUGCUUGCUCAUAGGGGGCCAUAUGAUAUGAUUGUUGGGUUUUUCUCUGUAUUUAUUAUUGUGCGAUCUAUUGUACAAUAUAAAGCGCCUUGAGGCGACUUUUGUUGUGAUUUGGCGCUAUAUAAAUAAAAUUGAAUUGAAUUGAAGUUACUGGUGUGUUAAAGAGGCGAUGGGUGAUUAAAUUAGAUCGCAUGUGGCCCACCAGAACCUCCUGGCAUUGUAGUUGUUUUUUCCCGUAGUCUUUUACAAUACAAUGAUCAAGACAUUAUACUUUUAUCUUUUUGUACACAAUUGAUCUUUUAAAAAACCUUACAUUACAGUCAGAAUCAAGUUCACUGAUUGAUCGCAGUGCUGUCUUUGUGUUUCACUGUUUCAUUCAUUUUAAUAGUGUUUUGUAUUACAGUAACAGUGAGUUGUGGAAUAACUUAAUGAAUGACUUUGACUUACUGACCUUCUUUCAAUCAGCAUCACUAUAGUCCGAAAGGCACUGACAAAACAUACAAGCAUAAAUAAAUACAAUCUGU